UGGCAGUGCUGUUUACCCUCCUUCAGCUCUGGGUGUGGUGCCCCUCCAUCUGUACUGGGUGGCUUUCUUUGCCCAAUGCCUCGCGGAUCUGUCAGGGUGUUGUCACACACAGUGGCUUAAGUCACCAUCUGCUUCCAAUUACAGGAUGACAAUCUGGAGGGUGUCGUCCAAGAUGCUGCUCUGUAAACUACAGAAGCUAUAGAGGAUCCAGAGGGAAAAGGAGCCAGAACUUGGAAGCCAGGACUUGGAUCUGACUUUUAAUUAUGGUUGAGUCACUCUAACCGGCAGAGCCAUGGAGCUGGGGCUUGGAAAGUUUCCCUUUUCCAUUACUGUGUGGAUUUCUCCCCUGCUAUUGGUGGCUCCAAGUGACUAACUUCCAGUUUUAGGUCUGGAAAUUUAGUUCUGCUGUAAGACAUGAAGGAGCUGUUGUAGCGGGGAAAAAUAAAUCUAUUUCUUUUCAUCAAACUGGAGCGGAAACAGGUCGGAUUUUCACAAGUUGUGAUAUACCUUUAUUGACUUUUCUUUCUCAUUAUAUUUUAAUAGUAAAUGGAUGUUGCAUGAUCCUGGAAUCAGCUAUACAAAUGAGUGCAUGCCAUACAGAUGCCUGAACACCAUUUUUCGAAUGUAAGAUAGCACAAUGUUGCACGUCUCAAAUAUGAGCAGUUUAAAUAGGUACCACAAUGUUGACAUUGUGGGAAAAGCUUUUCAAGAACCUCCUGCUCCCUCCACUCUGGAUAAUGUCACCACUUUCUUAUGAGCAACUUAUGAGCGAUGGAGGAGCAAAAAGCCAUUCUGAAGUUUUUCAGGACCCUCUCAGAGGAGGACAAUGACGAUACAAUGCAAAGAGGCACUGGGCUGAGUUUUAAUCUCAAGAAAAAUAGGGAUAUGAGUUUUGAAGAUGCUGUGCACAACAGUAGAGACUCCUUAUCAGGCAUUAUAUUGCCUCAGGUAGGGGAGGAGAUAACUUCUAAAUCCGAGGGAGACAUAAGUAGGAGAGAAGCAGGAAAUGACUCAGAUAUGACGGAAGAUGAGCGGAAUAAUGUCAACCUAACAGAGCAGCAAAGCGUGGCUGUAAACGUGAACUCGCUGUGUGAACCUACCUUGAAGGAGACUCAGCAACCAAAGCCUCAACACAUUUCAAAUGACUGCACGAAUACAGGUUGUGAAUGUGUUGCAGCAGUCAGUGUCACGCAGGAUGAUGCUGAAGAAGCCAAUCAGAGAGGAAUAGAAGGCAACAAAAAUGUUCUCUGCCAGGAAGAUUUUGCCACAAGUGCAUCCAUUUCAGAUGUGGGUUUUGACUCUGAGGAAUAUGUGAAAAGUAGAUCCUCUAAAACCAAACAUGUAGUGAUAUUGGUGACUCGGACAAGACCUGCGGUUGAGGAAGAGGCUGAAGCCAUAGUAGCACCGUCAUUGGAGCAAACCGAUGGCCCUUCCUGCUUCAAAAAUAAUGAUGAGGAGGAGAGAACAGGUGCAGAGGAGGACAGUGAAGAAGAGAAAAGAGAUGCAUUUCCAGAUUUUUCCGCCCAAUCUCACAAUCCUCCCAGCACCAAAGACACUUCAACAAAUAUUCUGAUAACAUCUGCAGCCAAUAACCCUCCACCUGGAUCCAUCUGCACCAGAGCCACCUUCACCCCAGUCUCCCCCACGGACAAGGACAUCCAGAUCCCAGCACUCUUCAGCGGCCUGAGGGUCCUGAGGAAGGGGGUAGUCGGGCCUGGGCACGACACCGUGGCCCAGAUCAAACCUUUCUCUCAAGGAACGAGGAGGGACAUUUUCCCUGAGAAGCAGAGGGAUGCUAAAGUUCAAGGGAACUUCCUGGACCAGAUCUCCCAAUUCCUGACAAAGGAAAAGAGAGGGGAUGAGAAAGAGAAAAGGGAGGAAAUGGAGGCUGAGGGAGAUCAGGAAGAGAAUGAGAAGAACCAGAUUGAAGAAAGUCAAGAGGGUGAGGGGAAAGAACUUGAAACAGGGGAGGGUGCGGGGGUUUCAUUUGAGUCUACGAAACCCUCUGUGUCCAGUGCAGAAGCUGCAUUUGGUGCCUUCAAAGCUUUUUUCACCCCAAAGCCUUUGAAGAAGGACCCAACUGAGAAGGCGGACCUGGAUGCUGUGAGAUGGAAGAUAAGAGCAGAUGAAGAUGCGCUUAGACCGCUUUUCGACAAAACCUCCAACAAGACGCAGGAGAAGAAAGAAUCACCUCAUGGCAAAUCAGAAGCAUCGACCCCAGCAGAGGGAGAGGACAGAACUCCUGGUCGCCUACAAGCCGUCUGGCCGCCACUUAAGGAAGAAAAAGUUGGGCUGAAAUACAGUGAAGCAGAGCACCAGGCUGCUCUCCUGCAGCUGAAGAGAGAAUGCAAAGAGGAGCUGGAGAAUUUACAGGAGGACCUUGGUCAGGAACUCUCCAGACUGAGGGUAGAGAACGAGGACAAUGUCGCCCGUCUGGCUGAGCUGCAGGCCGAACUCUCCCAGGUUGGGACGCGCCGUCGCGGAGAACUCAAAGACGUCGCAGUAUCAACGGAAGACGACGUUGUACACAAAUCCUUCCGCACAGUGUGCAUCCAGACCGACCGAGAGACAUUUGUUAAGACUCACGAGGAUGGAGAAGAUUCAGGGAGAGUCUGCACCAGCCCUCAGCAGCAGAGGGUGACCCCCAAAAAGCUGGACCUGGCUUCCAUCAGCCUCAGUCUGGCAGGUCAGAGGGACGAUACUUCCUCCUCAACACAUGACCCUCCAUCCCGACCUCUUCCUCCACCUGGAGCCACGCUGCCUCCGUCAAAACAACCUCCUGCUCCUUCUCAGGCAACCAAAACAGACAAUCUGCCUCCUCCUCCUCCUCCUCCUCCUCCACCUCCGCCAUGUUUGUCUUCACCCUUAAACCACAUGCAGCUGUCAAAUGGCCCUCCACCUCCACCUCCGCCGCCUCCGCUGCCACCACCACCACCACCACCUCCUCCUCCUCCUCCAUCCAUGCCAGGAUUUGCUCCCCCACCACCUCCUGCUUGGGGUCUCACUGUUGAAAAACCUCCCAGGAAACUGACAGUGGAGCUUUCCCAACCCAUGAAGCCUCUUUACUGGACCAGAAUCCAGAUCCAGGACACCAAGAACAAGACACUGUGGAAUAUUUUAGAGGAACCAAAUAUCAUAAACACCAGCGAAUUUGAGGAUCUCUUUGCCAAAACCACCACCCAGACCAAGAAGAAGCCACUGUCAGAGGCUUAUGAGAAGAAAGCCAAAGACAGGAAGAUCAUUAAGCUGCUGGAUGGAAAGCGCUCUCAGGCCGUGGGCAUCCUCAUAUCGAGCCUUCACCUGGAGAUGAAAGACAUACAACAAGCUGUACUGGCAGUGGACCACUCGGUGGUGGACCUGGAGACUAUUGAGGCACUGUAUGAAAAUAGAGCGCAGCCAGAGGAACUGGAGAGAAUCAAGAAACACUACGAGACGUCAGAAGAGGAGGAAGUUAAACUGCUGGACAAACCCGAACAGUUCCUGUAUGAGCUGUCUCAGAUCCCAGACUUUGUAGGCAGAGCUCACUGCAUCAUCUUCCAGUCGGUCUUCAUCGAUGGGAUCACGUCCAUCCAAACAAAGCUCAACACGGUCUCCUCUGUCUGCAAGGCUCUGCUGGAGAACGACGGUGUAACGGAUGUGAUGGGGCUGGUGUUGGCUCUGGGGAACCACAUGAACGGAGGCAACAGGACCAGAGGUCAGGCUGACGGCUUUGGUCUGGACAUUCUGCCUAAACUGAAGGAUGUGAAGAGCAGAGACAAUCGUAUCAGCCUGGUGGACUAUGUAGUGUCGUACUACCUGCACAAUGUGGAUGAGAACGCCGGCACAGACAAGAGUAUAUUCCCACUUCCUGAACCUCAGGAUGUCUUCCUCGCUGCACAGGUCAAGUUUGAUGACCUCAACACAGACCUGAGACAGCUUGGACGAGAUCUGACAAGAUGUGAGAAAGAUGUACAGAACGUUUGCUCUGAUUCUCCCGAAGAAAACCUGCAGCCGUUUCAGGACAAAAUGGAGGCUUUUGUUCUCAGCGCACGAAAGGAACACUCAGAAGCUUCGUAUCAGUUGAUGACUGUACAAAAAAGUUUUCAGGACUUGCUUCUGUACUUUGGACUGAAGCCCAAGAUGGGAGAGAAUGAGGUGACUCAUCUCUUCAUGCUGUGGUUUGAGUUUUGUGCAGACUUCAAGGCCAGGUGGAAGAGGGAGAACAAGAACAUCUCUAACGAGAGAUUAAAAGAGGCUCAGCUGUCAGUGAAGAGGAUCACAGCAGAGAAGAAGGUGGAGACCAGACAGAUCAACCCCAACAGCCUGAAAGACAGACUGCGUCGUAGAGAAUCAAACGUGUCUUCAACAUGGCAUUCUUAAGAGAGAAGGUGUAUAAAACUGAUAGAUCGGGAUCAUUACAAAAUUGUUGUUUCUUUUACCUGACAAUAUAGAAGUCUCCUUCAUCAUUCACUGGCAGUUUUAUUUCAUAAUUUGCUCUAAUGUGCUGAGAUUUUAAAGAUAACAAAUGUAAUAAAUGUACAAUAUUUAUCAUAAUAAUAAUAUUAUCAGUGCUGUAUUAAUAUUCUUGUUAUGAACAAAUGAUUUGCUUUGAUUUUGACAUCUUAAUAUUCUUAGAAUAUGUUUUUUGAUGAAUAAAAUCACUGAUCAGAAAGUAUGUGAUUUCAUAGCUUUUUUUUUUAUUCACAAGCAACUUUACAAUACAUGAUACACAUAUUAUACACAGUCAAACAAUGAAGUGACGGUUAGCAGUGCAGGUUGAAAAGAAAAAAAGCCUCUAUAUGAUCAGCUUUACAUCCCACACAGUGGAAACAAUACAACCAUCCAAGUCCUUCAUAGACUUGUCUUUGUACUUAUAUUCUGAGAAGAUGCUGCACAUCUAUCUGCCUGCCUUCAACUUAAACACUGUUUUAGGCCAUCAGUUCACUUCUUAACUAAACCUUAAACUUUGGCCAUGUCCUUGCACCUAAAACUAUUUGACACAUCCACUUAAUCUGUUAAAACAAAAAAACGACUUUGUGGAAGCAAUGAUAACUGAUAACUGCAAGAUAUUUGGACAGUGAUGAAUUAUUAAUUGCAGCUCAUACUAUCAUUUUAGAGGGAAAAGAGCACCUGAACCAACCACUCAUGCAUAGUCUAUCAGCAUCUUCUCUCCAAUACAAUGAUAAAAAAUAACUCAGGUAAGUGCAUCGCCUUCCCAGUCACACUUACUUCUAAAGUGUCCUUUAAGAAAAAUACACUUUCCGUUUUUUUAUGUUUGCAAAACUGCACUUGUCUUCCAAUUGAACGCGGAUAUUAUCAACCUGGAUGAGUCGGUUUGCGUCUAAUCCGUAUCUAUUGUUGUGCAGCGACACUGCUUGACGCGCUGGAUCCGUUUCUUCCUCGUGCUGGGUGUCUGACCAGGGCAGAAGAGGGUGUACGUGACGGUGCUGAAGGUUUUGGGUUUGCAGGCAGAGCAGGACUGAAAGGCGUCUCCGUCCUGGUAAUCAUGCCUCGGGAUGUAGAAGGAGUUGCACUGUCCGUAGCAAAACCGGUUGAUGAUGGUGCGGCUCAGGCAGCCCUCCUCCUGGAUGGUCUGCUUUAGCGGCUGCGUCUUGCACCAAUCCAGCCGCAGGUACCGACGCUCCGUGACGUGCAGCGCCUCCUGACUGGAUUCCAGCACUUCGUCGGUAGAGGUUACAGGUCCCAUCCCGCGGGAAAUGAAUCCACUGAUGGCCGGUUGCUGGCAUCUAUCCGAUUCGCUUGGGUUGUAUUUGUUUGGGUGUGGGAACGCGCCCUGAUAUGUGGCAGCAUCUGUGCUUCUUAGCGGGCCGAGCAGCAGCACCAAAACUGCUGCGGAGAUCAGCACUGAUUGUGUCCUCAUCACUGAAGCUGAAGGAGAAAGAGUAUUUUACGUUUUACGCCCAACUUUUACGCGCGCAUUACGCACCAAACAAGUAGCAAAUAAACAAGUAAAUACACGAUAUUUAGGAGUUAAGUUAACAAACAAAAUCAGCAGUUACUGCAUUGAGUUACCUGUUGCUGAUUUAAGAUCCUCACAAGAAGACUUUGUCCAGUCACACUACAGUAUGUGUUUCUUCUGCAGGUCCU